UACGCGCUUCCCAUUGUAGACCGGGGACACGGGCAAUACGUCGACCCCAUAUAAUAAAGACCACAGCGCUCGCAUCUUUGGAUGUACAUCGGCGAUUCUGGCACGAUCGGGAAAAACAAAGGGAAAAGCUCCAUCAGAAACAACCCAGCAGAGAUCAGUUUCAAAGUAGCCCUCAUGGCGGCUGAGCAGAUUAGCUAGCGGGGUAUCAGACAGUUAUCCGGCGAAGUGUCACUGUAGAAGCAGCCGUGGAGUCGCGGACUUGAAGGUGUCUCACGCAUCGUUCGCGCUCGGGGAAUUCGGACUCAUCAUGGAUGAUUGCAGGAUAUCCGUCGCCGUGCUUUUACUCCUGUUAAACAGUUUUUCUGCGGCGCAGUUUCCCACACAACUCAUAAUCAAGGAGUGGGUGGAGCAGAUGCAGCAGGAGCUGGUGUCACUGGCUGAGACAGCAAGCGGAGUCAAGAGCCUACCGCAGAUCUUCCUAGCUAAUCGAAAGUACUUCAGUGUGGAGUCCAAUAACGCUGCCCAGCUGGUGGCAAGUGCAGCCAGGAACAUCGAGAAGCUCCUGCUCAACCGAUCGAUGGCCCUGGAGACCCUGGCAACAGCGGCAGAGAAGUUCCAGAUGGCACACCAGUGGAAGAACGAGUUUGCGGGCGAUGACAUUGUUUACUACAACGCAAAGGACAAUCUGGAGGCGAAUGAGACCAACGGGGGCGAGGAGGGGAGGAAGAACCGGAUCCGGCCAGAGUUCAGGGAGGACCCCGCCUUCAAGCGCCUCAUCUCCUACAACCACACGGCCGUCCACAUCCCCACGGACAUCUACGAGGGCUCCACGAUCGUCCUUAACGAGCUGAACUGGACCGAGGCUCUGGAGGACGUCUUCAAGAGGAACAGGGAGGAGGACCCCACGCUGCUGUGGCAGGUGUUCGGGAGCGCCACCGGCCUGGCCCGCUACUUCCCAGCUUCUCCUUGGGUGGACUCGCGGAAGACGGCGAGCAAAAUCGAUCUGUACGACGUCCGCCGGCGACCGUGGUACAUCCAGGGAGCCGCCUCUCCGAAGGACAUGCUGAUUCUGGUGGAUGCGAGUGGCAGUGUAUCCGGACUUACCCUCAAGCUGAUCCGGACCUCUGUCAAUGAGAUGCUGGAGACCUUGUCCGACGACGACUAUGUCAACGUUGUUUACUUCAACAACGUCGUGCGCAAAGCCGCUUGCUUCAGCCACCUCGUCCAGGCCAAUGUCCGCAACAAGAAGAUACUGAAGGACGCGGUACAGAACAUCACGGCGAAGGGGAUCACCGACUACAAGAAGGGUUUCGAGUUCGCCUUCGAUCAGCUCUUCCUCACAAACGUGACCCGUGCAAACUGCAACAAGAUCAUCAUGCUGUUCACUGACGGAGGGGAGGAGAAGGCCCAGGAGAUCUUUGACAAGUACAACAGAGACAAGAAGGUGCGAAUUUUCACCUUCUCGGUCGGCCAGCACAAUUAUGACAAAGGACCAAUAAAAUGGAUGGCUUGUAAAAACAAAGGAUACUAUUAUGAAAUUCCCUCCAUUGGAGCCAUAAGGAUCAAUACUCAGAAAUACCUCGAUGUGCUAGGAAGACCGAUGGUGCUGGCGGACAAGAAAGCCAAGCAGGUCCAGUGGACCAACGUCUACCUGGAUGCCCUGGAGCUUGGCCUAGUCAUCACAGGAACCCUACCGGUGUUCAACAAGACCAUUUCCAAAGACGUGAAGGACGGAAACCAGAAAAAGCACCAGAAUCAGUUGAUUCUGGGGGUGAUGGCCAUCGACGUGUCCCUGGACGACAUUAAGAGGCUAACACCACGAUUCACUAUCGGUCCCAACGGAUACUAUUUCGCAAUCGACCCCAACGGCUACGUGCUGCUUCAUCCCAACCUCCAGCCGAAGAAUCCUAAAUUCCAGGAGCCGGUGACUCUGGACUUCCUGGACGCCGAGCUGGAGAACGACAUAAAGGUGGAGAUCAGAAAGAGCAUGAUUGACGGGCACAAGGGGGACCGUACGAUACAGACGCUGGUAAAGUCUCAGGAUGAGAGAUACAUAGAUAGAGGCAACCGAACGUACACCUACGCCCCUGUUAACGGCACUGACUACAGCUUGGCGCUGGUGUUGCCCGAGUACAGCUUACACUACAUUCAAGCGCGGAUCGGCGAUACCAUCACACAGGCAAAAUCAACACUGGGGCAAAUGGUUUUUGACACCAUGCAGCCGGAGAACUUUGACGAGUACGGAUACACCUUCAUCGCGCCAAGGGAGUACUGCAAGGAGGUCAAGGUUAGAGAGAACAACACGGAGUUCCUGGAGGACUUCAACAACUUCCUCAACCAGAACACCCCCAACCACCCGAGCUGCAAUGUCUCUCUGGUGAACAGACUUCUGCUGGAUGCCAGUCUGACCGCUGAGCUGGUGAAGCUGUGGAGGGAUCACGCACCGAGCGGAGUGGUCGCCAGGUUCGUUGCCACGGAUGGAGGAAUCACAAGGGUUUACCCAAAAAGCGCCGGCGAGGACUGGACCGAGAACGCGGAGACGUACGAGUCCAGCUUCUACAAGAGGAGCCUGGACAACGACAAGUACAUCUUCACGGCGCCGUUGUUCUACAACAAGAGUGGGGAUGCUGUUGCGGAGUCGGGCAUCUUGGUCAGCCGAGCGGUGGACCUCAACAUCGACGGCGUGAAGCUGAAGCCAGCCGUGGUUGGUGUGAAGCUCAGUGUCAGUGACUGGAUGGUCAGCUUCAUCAACGCCACAAUGAAGCUGAACUGUAAGGACGAGAUCUGUGGUUGCCUGAGAAACGAUAAGCACGUCGACUGCGUCAUACUGGACGACGGCGGCUUCAUCUUGAUGUCCAAUCAGGACGAGUACAUCUUUCAGAUUGGCCAGUUCUUCGGCGAGGUCGACCCCGUCCUGAUGCGGAGCCUUGUGGAAGUUUCGCUCUACUCCUUCAACAAGACGUACGACUACCAGUCGGUGUGUGACCCCGAGCGUGAGAGCAAGGCGGCAGCGGGCAUGCGUUCUGUCUACAUCCCCACGAUAGCAGACAUCCUUCAAUUAGGCUGGUGGGCCUCCGCGGCCACCUGGUCGAUACUGCAGCAGUUCAUUCUUAGCCUUGCAUUCCCCUCUUUCCUGGACGCAGCUAUGGAAGUGGAGGAGGAGCUCUCCGAGGUGCUCUCCAAGGAGAGCUGCAUCACCGAGCAGACGCAGUACUUUUUCGAGGACAACAACCCUUCCUUCGCGGGAGUGCUGGACUGUGGGACAUGCUCCAGGCUGUACCGGGCCGAAAAGGUCCUGAACACCAACCUGGUGUUCAUCAUCGCCGACGCGGCAAAAACAUGCGACUCCUGCGAUAAGAAGCCCUUGCGGCAGGCCGAGCAGCCCUCCUUGGGCCCAGACCCUUGUGAGCUCGCGAAGAAUCCCAGGUACAGGAAAGGACCGGAUGUCUGCUUUGACCACAACGAGAACGAGGACGACUCUGACUGCGGUGGGGGUACCAGCCUGAGCCCGUCGCUCUGGCCCAUGGUCGGCAUCCAGGCGGUGCUGCUCUGGCUCCUGACGGGGUCUAGGCACUACCCCUCAUGACCAGAAACACAGGACCAAGCACCGCCACCACGCUUACCUUUCAAGAUCCUGCCACAUUUUUUUUUGUUCUGAGGUCCUACAUUGACAAGCUGGGAGGGGGAUUUGGGGUGGGAGGGGGAGUUCAGAAUCAAGGCCAUCCCAGAGGUGAGAGACCAGGGAAGCGACCAAAAUGGCCCACGCUCCUGGGAGUGGCUCUGAGGGUGAGUGAGGAGGCAUCCAAAGCCAAACGCGCACCCCUCAAAGGCAACAGAGGGGAACUGCCUUGUCCCACAAGGGGGACGUCGGAGAGACAAGCUGCUUCAUUCACAUUGUUGGGUUUUGGUGUACUUAAUAAAAAAAUUUAUGUACAAUGAAUAAAAAUGGAAUUGAGAAUAUUACACUGCCAAGACAUUUCAGAUGAAAAAUGGCUGCUCCUUGCUAUACUGUAGAUUUAGGGAGUUUUUUUUUGUUUGUUUAAAUCUGAUUUAUGUUGAAGGAUUUGACAUACUAUUUUACUCAGUAUUCAGUUAUUUUUGUGCAGACCGUGACAAGAAAGGCCAAAAAAAAAGAUUUUAAAAAAGAAAAAGAAAGGCAGAUUCAGAAGGGAAGAUUAGUUCUCUUAGAACUUGUUCUGGUGAAAUUGAAGUGAACACAUUCUAAAAAUCCAUUUAUAAUGGUUAAAUAUUUUUUUUUAAUUGGACCAUAUGCAUAUUUGUAACCUUGAGUGUCCUCUUUUGACUCUAGAGGUAACCAAAUACGUGUUUUGGUAUCAAAUUGAAGCACAUCCAUUUGUGGUCCACUCAAAUGAAGGGAAGACACUGCCAGCUACUAGGUCAUGUCCUUGUCAUCUUGUCCAACCAUGCCAAAAGGCACAUCCUUGCCUCAUCCAUAAUGGGGGCAUAGACCAUUUAUUUCUAGCGCAAUUUAAAUAUUGAGACCUAGCCAAACCUUUUUUUUUUUAGUUGCCAUUUAUUUUGUCAAUUUUAAUGCUUGAGGCUAUUGAGCAGAGCAUUUCCUUUCCUGACAAUAUUAUUUUUGCUUUUUGAGGUCUUUGGUGGGCAUAUUUGCAUGUGGGUGUUAUUACAAGUUGCCUCGUUCAGUUUUGAUUGUAACUGUUACUUCAAAAACGUUGAAUGUAAAGGGACACAGCAAGUCAGGGAGUCGAAGGGUUUCACUCAUAAUGACAUCAGUGCAAAACUACUGAAUUUGACAAAAAUGUUGACCACUCGUUUCUGAUUGGUGUCACUUGAAUUCAGAGCAAGCAUGCCGUGCUGACUUUAAAUAUUCCCCUCUCAUUCAUUAAAAGAAAUCUGGUAAAGCAUGCCGCAGUUAACAGACAUAUGGAUAUCUAGGGUGCCCCAUUGGAAAUUGGUUGGAAGAAGAACACCUGAAUUGUAUCAAAUAUGGCUUUGACCAGGGAUCACACUGAAGUUUCCCACUCGAUUUACAAGUGGGAAGCAGGCCUUGUUUCUGAUCUCAUGUUCUAUUUUCUGAAAGCACCAGUUCCAGUGUCUGGGUGCAGGGCUUCUGUUGUAAGAAAGCACGCCUUGUUGAAUUCAAGUAUUUAAGUGAAUGAGGGGGGUUAGUCUCAAGGAAAGCCACUCAGUGCAGUUAAGAAAUUACUCUUUCAUCCUGCCAUAUGAUCCUGGCUGACAUGCUUAUAAUUGCGGUAGACAUUGGUUGUCUUACGGUCUACAACAAACUAUGAUUAAGAUGUUUCCAAAUCAGACAGACCCCUGCUAUAUUGUACAGAAUUUAAACUGCUGUGUGGUGAGUCUUGUCCCUGAAAUUUAAAAGGACUGGAUUUGAAAUCCCUAGCUUUACUGUGCAAUAUGAUUGUUUACAAUAGUUCUCUGACUUCAAAUAAUUCCCCUGUUUGUUCACGUCGUGUCACAUGUGGUAUAUUUGAGAUUUGGAACAUUUAUUAAUCCAGGGCCUUUGAU